CGAACAGACUAGCGCCCGGGACGGUCGAGUCGCUGGAGCGCUGAUCUCUCCCAGUGCGGUCAGUGGAGUUGGUCACGCGGCGAACGCCGAGUGUGCCGCGAAGUGAACUUCAGUCGGCCAAUUUCAGGCAAUUUUAUCACAUUGCUGCUGUUUUAGAGUUAGCUACUGAAUAUGUAUAUGGAACUGCAGAGAAGAAACAAUUCACUUCUGCCUGGACACCAUAAACAGCAUACGAGGCCAAAAGGCAUUCAACAAACAUGGCUCUACUUUGUGGCUUUAGGAGACUGCCCUGCUUGCAAAGGUCGGUGGUGCAGGUGACGGCGCCGUGGCUGUCGGCGCGCGCGGCGGCUCCCCUCAGUGUCAGUCGGCCGGCGCUCUCCUCCCAGCUGGCUGAGGACCACGUCAAACACUGGAACGCCGAGCGGCUGCUCACGGUCGGCCUGCUGGGCGUGCUGCCGGUCGCCUUCACCUUCCCCAGCCCGGCGCUCGACUACGCCGUGGCACUCUCGGUCGCCGUCCAUAGCCACUGGGGCAUGGAGGCCAUCUUCGCCGACUACGCGCGGCCAAAGCGGGUCGGCGUGUUCCUCUCGAAGGCGGCCAUCGGCGCCAACUACUUCAUGUCGGCCUUCCUUCUCGGCGCCCUGUUCUACUUCAACUACACCGACGUCGGUGUCGUCGAGGCCGUCAAGAUGCUGUGGCGGGCCUAGAGCGGCCCGGGCAGGGCCGGUGCGCUCCCGCGCGAGAGGCCAGGGGCGGGUGUCGCGCGGUCGGCGCCGCCCGAGCUUUACAAUAUGGCCGGCGGUUGCGAUGCGGGUGGCUUUCUCAGCACAGCUGAGUGUAUAUACGGCGUCAGUGACUGUGCGAGCGGUAGGAGUGAGUUGAAAGCGUUGGUGACGGCGUAGUCUGACGGAAGUAGAGGCUACCCGUGUUAUGUUGCUGCACUGUGACUCGUUUUGGCUGAUUGGAUGUAGGUGGAUCGUAUGUCAGUUGAACUGGCGUCUUGCGGAGACAAAUGUGAGAUGCGGGAAAACGAAAUGAACGGUUAAGACCCUA